GCUCGCUGUAAAACUACAACUCCCAGAUCCCAUCACGGCAGGAAGUUGGCAGUGGCGGACGUCCUGUGUGUUUCAAGGACAAGGGUCGCUUGGUUAAUCGGUGCAGUUUUCACGUGUGACUUUCACAGUCUCUCUGAUCCCUGCAGUAAUCUCGUUUUAGCUACCAAAGUGAACGAUUAUGGACAGUUUUGGUUCUGAUUUCUCCUCGGGAGCCGCUGGGUCCGGAAAGAUGGACCCGGGCACGAUAAUGGAGCAAGUGAAGGUGCAGAUUGCCGUGGCGAACGCGCAGGAGCUGUUGCAGCGGAUGACAGACAAGUGCUUUAAGAAGUGCGUCGGCAAACCAGGUGGUUCGCUGGACAAUUCCGAGCAGAAAUGCAUCGCCAUGUGUAUGGAUCGCUACAUGGACGCAUGGAACACCGUCUCGCGGGCGUACAACUCCAGACUGCAGCGGGAGAGAGCGCGCAUUUAACCACGCAGCCGUCCGCAGCCCUCCCUGUGCCUCCCGAAAACCGGAGGAAAACACUUUGGAGCAAGGUGUACCAAGCAAGGGGCCACCUGGCAGUGAACUAGGACAUCAACCUGGACUAGGGAGCCCUCGGUGUUAACUUGCUGGCCACCCGCAUCCAGCUGUGCCUUUCCAUCUGUGGCAGUGUAGCUUCCAGCAGUGAAGAGGAUUGGUGUACCCCUUGAGCUGCUUCAGAUCUGUGUUGGGGAAUGUACACCCAUUGACCAGCAGGGCAAAAUGUGCUGCCACCUUUCUGUGUGUUAUUUUCAAGCUUGUUCUUUUACUGGAUUGUCUCUGUGGCUCUUACUCUCCCUCCCUGUGUCUUUGUAGGAAUGCAUGGAGGUCCUGACUUUCCAUUUAUAAAGCAGGUGGAAUGAAAACGCCGUCGGUGUGUUUGUUUGUUUGGUUUUAAAUGACGUUCACAAACAAUGAAAAGGGGAAAUGGUUUUGGUUUCUCAAAUUUGCUUUAUAUAAAUGAAAGUCAUGGGAUCUACCUUGUUAUGUAUCUCCCACCCUCACCCCUCUUGGGUCUCUGCCUGCUUUGUCUGUAGAAUAAAAUCAGGGGUGGGUUGGGUUGGCAGUACUGUAAUGGGGUUCUGUUUUAUUGAUCUGAACAGUGGGGGGAUCCACUCCAAAAUUAAUAAGCCUAGUCUAGGAAAGACCUAUUUUCACUUGUUCUCCUUGCAUUUAACAAAUCCGGUGAACCGAUGGGGGUUCACAUAACGUAAAGGGUUGUUAAGGUGUAAAGAUCAUUAAAAGCUAGUGUCUGGACGGCAAGACCAUUUGAAUGAGAAAAGAGAAACUGUUUCCACUGCCCCAAACCUGUUCAUUACACCAGUCUGAGCUCACUGUUCCCCUCCUUCUCCAUGCAGGAUCAUUCAGGUUUCAGAAGGAGGAAGGUUUGUAGAGUGAGCUCUCUGUGUGGCUUCUCUUAACCCGUGCCUCAUUUCAUGUGGGAAUGUUAAACUGUGGGCUUGACGGCCACGGGCAGAGGAGACCCACACACUGAAUGACAGCGAAGGGCAGAUGAGACAUGAAUGAAAAUGAUCCGUAUUGCAGAUACAAGAACAGCUCUUACAAACUCAACUGCACGUUCUGUCCUUCGAGGCAUUCCCAUUGGGGCUUCAGCUGUUUCACUGCCACUGAGCUACAGUUAAAGCCUGCUUAUCCUAUUGGUCCAAUGGUCUGGCUGUCCUGACACUGGUUUACUUGGUGGACCAGAUUGAAAUUGCAGCUACCUCAAGGCUGAUUUUCAUUAAAAAAAACUCAAGUCAUGUGGCACUAACAUCGUGCUCUACUGUGCAUUUCUGUGUCGCUGCUGGUACUAUUAAUAAAGAAACUGGUUCAUUCUC